GGCACUCUCGACUCGCGAAGCUUCGUCCCACUUUCUCGCCUUCGCCAUUCCCCCUCUUCGUUCCAGCCCCGCUAGAAGCCCUACACAUUUCCGAUUCCGACGCAUAUAUCCUCGCCAUGAAUUCGAAGCCACAAAUUGGCCGUGUUCUCAUGAAGAAUUUCGCUCUUUCGCCCAGAGGUUGUCCUUCAUGAACGAUCAUCCGAGUUAGCGAUCGUGCGCAUAGUGGGAUAGUGUUAAGUGAGGAGGUUUUGAAUUCCUGAAGCCGUUGGAUUCUUCUGCGUAGGGGAGGGGAUAUGUCGAGUGGAGAAGUCAGGAAGGUCUCCCGUCAGGAUAUACAACUGGUUCAGAAUCUUAUUGAAAGGUGCCUGCAGCUGUAUAUGAACCAGAAAGAAGUAGUUGACACUUUGUCUUUCCAGGCAAAGAUAGAGCCUAGUUUCACUGAACUUGUUUGGCAAAAACUUGAGGAGGAGAACCGGGAAUUUUUCAAAGCAUAUCAUAUUAGACUGAUCCUUAAAAACCAAAUACUGCUUUUUAAUAAGCUCCUUGAGAAACAGGUUGAGCUUAUGCAGAAAGCAUGUCCAUCUGGAGUUGCUAUCUUACCAAUUCCAAAUGCCUCCCAUUCUCCUUUGCUUCAAACUCCAUCAUGCUAUAUGUCUCAACAUGCGUCCACAUCUUCACGGCCAGAUGGCAUGUUUUAUAAUGGAGAUUUUUCAAGUGAUCUUGUAAAUGGUAGGUCAUCAGAACAUCAGGGGAACUAUCUUGAAAGUGAUUCAUCAAUUGUUGCUGGAAUUAUGCAUGCUUCGACAAUUGUGUUAUCUGCACAUAACUCCAACAUGGGAAGGAUUUCUGGACUGAGUGAGACAAUAAUAAAGUCAGAGCCUAACUAUCUAAACAAUUCUGAGUUUCCAUUCGUUAGUGAUAACAUCAUCUUGGAAGCACACCGACCAAUUGGAGAUGCUUCAGGUGGAUCCUUUAGUAACUCAGAAUUGACUGGACAACCGGCAAACAGCACUCUCCCGGAUGUUGAUACACCUUCGCUUGGAUUUAGUCAGAUUCCCCGAAAUUUCAGCUUUUCAGAUUUAUCAGAUGACUUUACUCACUGUGCUGAUAUACUAGAGAAUUAUGAUAAAUCUCCUUAUCUUCCACCUGAUUCAAAUAACUUUCUGGACUCUCCAGCAACAGAAUUUAAAGGUUGACUGGGCAUCUGUAUAUACGGGAUUGACAGGCUCCUUAUUCUUCAAAUUUCAGUGGAUCCUUCUCAAGUAGUUUACUUCACACGUUUUGCACAGUCGCUAAUGUUUUCUGCCAUUGGAACUUUCUGUAAUGAUAUUUGUAGUUGAGCAACAAGUUAAUUUGUUUCAUACACAUCAUGCUAUCGAUGCAUUGUUCUGGUCCAUAAGGGAGGCACUCUGAUGUUGUCUUUGCAUUGCGAAAGACCUGGGUGUUAAUUUCCGUGUGACAACUUAUGUGUGUCCUGUUUGUUUUAUUUAAAAUGCUCUAUAAAUCUCUGUAACACUGCUGCCACAGGGAAAAAUUGCCAGAAAGAACAAGGCUGGUAGUCUCAGACUGGAAGACACUGGUAUCACUACUGCAUAAAUCUCUGUAACCAGCCCUAUUUGAGUAAUCAUCGCUUCUGACUUAGAUUAUUGUUUCUCAUUCUUACCUACAUUUCUAGCAAAAUUGAAAUUUGGAUGAA